GUAGCUCACGAAAGCUUAUGCUCAGAUAAAUUGGUUAGUCUCUAAGGUGCCACAAGUCCUCCUUUUCUUUUUGUGAAUACAGACUAACACGGCUGUUACUCUGAAACCUGUCCAAGUCCCGGUCUCUUAUAGCCCCAACACAAGUACCCAGCUAUACAGACAGGGAAAGCACAGCUGGAAAAGCAAUCCCCACCCACGCAAAGCCCCCCAUUCACACUAAUGCCCCACAAUCCCCUGCACUUGGGAUCUGACUCCUGGCCAUUCCGUGAUUCUGUAAAGCUGAAGGGGCCUUUCUUACCUCCCCGCCCAGUCGGCCUGUGAACAGACUUCAGGUCUCAGCUGCAGCGUCUGGCUAAACCCACUCCACAAAGCCGCAUUUGCUAGAGAGAUUCUCCCUAGCAGGAGUGGCUCAGGCAGGGCCCCACACUAGCUGCCCCUGUCUCUGCUGUUCUCUCUUCAGGGAGCUGUGCCGGGAGCUGGAAAGAGGCUGAUGUGCAGAUGGGCAGCCAUUGCCACGAACAAGUGAAAAAGACAAAUGGGUGAUAAAAGGGAUCAUUAAGGAAAGGAGCGAAGUGAUGGGUGUAGGCCACUCUGCUGGGUGUACCAUAAUCCUGGCCUGCCCUGAGACACCCACCCACCCCGACGCAUUUCUGCUGCUGCUCCUCCAGCUUGACCUCCCAGACCCACUCUGCCCUCUUGCUAUUCCUAUUGUGGAGUCUCUCCUGAGCAGAGACCAGAUGCUGCAAAAACAGGAGGUUUGCUGGAUGUGGAUAGACCCCAGACAUAUUUCUUGGUGGGGCUGACCCAGGAGAGGAGUGGUUAAUACCCCAGCAUGCUCUGGAGCGCAUUGGACGUGGGUGAGAGGUUGAGAUCAUUUUACUUUCUGCCUCUGAGGGCUGAAUUUUAAUAUACAGUUUCAGAGAGAAAGGUCACCAAGAGUCUGCAAUGAGCACGCAGCAAGGACGUCCCAGCCAGGCUCCUGCUGACCACGCACAGGGGAGGGGCCCGCUCCAGCCACACCAGCCCCUUAUACUGGGCUAGACCGGGAUCAGCCUCAUGAAUCCUGUGAGUAAACCCACACCGCACGCAGGGAAACCUCACACCGAACUCUGCCCCCAAACAGGGGCACCACACAAACACACACACAAGCCCCAGCUCCUGGAGUCAGUCUGCAGCCCUCCAGCCUCCAGCCACCACCUCCCCUCUGCCUGGACUGCACUAGGUGCAGAAUUGGACAGCACAAUGCCAGAACCGUAAAGAAAGUCCAAGAUCACAGCCUCGCGCAAACUCCUGUUGAAGAGUUUGAUGCUAGCCAAAGCCAAGGAAGCAUGGGAACAAGAUCAAGUGGACAAGCAAGCGGAGAAGGAGAGAUACCUGGCUGAGCGGAUCACACAACUGCGGACCAGCGGGCUGUCCUUCAGCCAGCUGCAGGAUCUGUGCAGGGAGCUGCACGAGAAGGUAGAAAUCGUGGAUGAGGAGCGGUACGACAUCGAAGCAAAAUGCAUCCACAACACCAGAGAGAUCAAAAACCUGAAGCUGAAAGUGCUCGACCUGCGGGGGAAGUUCAAGCGCCCCCCGCUGCGCCGUGUCCGCGUCUCCGCUGACGCCAUGCUGCGGGCCCUGCUCGGCUCCAAGCACAAAGUCUCCAUGGAUCUGAGAGCCAACCUGAAAUCUGUCAAGAAGGAGGACACGGAGAAGGAGCGCCCUGUGGAAGUGGGUGACUGGCGCAAGAACGUGGAGGCCAUGUCGGGCAUGGAGGGCAGGAAGAAGAUGUUUGAUGCUGCCAAAUCUCCGACAGGCCAGUGAAAGGUGCUGCCGGGAGGGUCGAAGAGUCACCCGGCUGCCCGCAGCUUCGCCCCUGCCGCCCCUUCACGCUGCCCCGCGUGUGCCUCUUCCUGCCUUCGCUCUCGAGCCAGCGCAUUUGCGGAAAGCUCUUUGGGAAGCUCAUCCAGCCUCUGUGCUUAAAUCAGCCCCCCUCCGCCCCCGGCUUCCAUGACAACAGCCAUAGCUUCACGUGAUGCAGCCAAUUAAUUGCCCCAGCGUGGCACCCCAGCUGUCUCCUGUAGGUCCCGGCGCAGGGCACCAACCCGUUGGACUGCCACAGUGGUGCUUCUGCAUGAAGACCGAUCACCAUUGUGGCCUAAGGUGCUGAUCCCAUUAGCUGGCAAGGGUGAGAGCCUUGCCAGCCAUCCUGCAGGAGUCCCAUGCCCUGCAGAAAGGCAGUGCCCGUGCCACGCACCAAUGGCUACAUGCAGGUAACCCCAUGGGGUCUCAGGCAUGCUUGUAACUUCAGGAUGCGGCUUGGGACUCUUGGUCUGUCCUUCUCCACCAGCCACUGCAGACAGCCCGGGGAUGAACCCACUGGUCCUGCUCUCACCAUCCAGCUCUGAUAUGUACAGUACAUGGGAAGUAACUGCUGUGUCUCUGUGUUCAUUAAA